AUGGUGCUGAUUUGGAAUGUUCUUGCACAGGUGGCGUAUGCUGUGCUGGCUGCUGUCUUCCUAUGGCUGGGCUGGGCUUUGCAUUAUCAUUUCUCCACAACCAAAGUCCCUUGCGGAGUGUGUCAACCUCUAAAGCUCCGGAUUCUGCACGUUAUAGGUGUCCUGGUGUUUAGCUUGGAUCACAUUUGCUGGAAAAUGGGUUUCUGCCACAGGUUUACCAUGGUGAGGUUUUUGAUCGAUGGAAUUCCUCCCUCAGAUGAUCCAAUGCUCUCCAUUAAGGAUUACACCUUUGAGGGUGUACCUGUAAGGAGCUAUCAGCCUAAGAGACCACAAGCUGGGUUGCAGAGAGGAAUUCUGUUCUUCCACGGAGGAUGUGGAAUAUUUGGGAGCAUUGAUGCCUAUGAAAGAUGGAGCCGUUACGUUACCAAGGAAAGCGACUCGGUGCUUAUCUCUGUAGGGUAUCGUCUUGCUCCGGAGAGCCCUUAUCCAUCGCAGUUCAAUGACUGUCUUGACGCCACCGUUCACUUUAUGAAGAGUUCAGAGAACUAUGGAGUGGACCCUGCCCGUAUUAUACUUUGCGGGGACAGUUUUGGGGGAAUGCUGACUGCUUACCUCUGCCAAGAGCUGAAAAGCAGAACCGAUCUGCCCAAAGUCCGUGCUCAGGUGCUGAUCUGUCCUGUCCUCCAAAGUCUGGACUGUCGUUUACCUUCUUAUCAGCAGAACUGUUUCUUCCCUAUCUUAACCCGAGUUCAUAUCGCUAAGAUAGCUGCAGUCUAUCUUGAUAAACCCACAUCACUGGUUGACAUGGCUCUUGCAGGAAAUCUGAUCCCUGAAAGCUUUCAAAUGAAAUACAAAAAGUGGGUAAAUUCAGAUAAUAUCCCACAGGAGAUUCGAAUCAGAAACCACAAUCCAGCCCUGCCCCCUGCCCCAGAAGACAAUUUAUUCAACGUGAUAAGUAAACUUCUCAGCCGAAGACUCUGCCCGCUUUUGGCUGAAGAUUCUUUUGUCAAAGGUCUUCCGGAAACUUACAUCCAAACCUGUGAAUAUGAUGUGCUGAGGGACGACGGCCUGUUAUAUAAGAAACGACUCGAAGACAAUGGCGUCUCGGUUUCGUGGUACCACCUCGAAGAUGGGUUUCACGACUGCCAAGCCCUGAUAAAUCACUGGUUUAUCACUUUCUCCAAUUGUAAAAGAGGAGUCAGUUCUGUAAUUGAUUAUGUCAAAGGACUAUGA